AUUUAUUAUGAAGCAUAUGCUGAACAGAACAGAGCUCGUUGUGAGAUUUCCGAUAUAUUUUCUUUGCAGAUAGUCUUGAAAAUGCAGAAUUAUAAGAGGCAAUGAAUAGAGCCCAUCAGGAAUCAAUACCGGAGAUGAGGCGUUCAGACCCAAGCUUCUGUAAAAUCAUCUGCGAGGAAGCAGUUGAGAAUACGAGAAAGACAUGCGAUACGCGGUGUAAGCUGUAUUACGAGGCUAACUCGCCUGGAUAGAGAGAGUGCAGAUGCAGCAACUAAAGAGGAAUGAGAGUAAGAAUCGCGGGAACAAGGAUUCGUUGGUCGCCGCACAGAACCGUGUAAUGGAUUCAACAAGUAAAUGUGCAUCAGUGGGUGUAUUGAGGAUAAAUGAAGAGACCGUAUAACGGAAUAAAACGGAAUAUAGGAUCACGGAUAACGGCUCACCUGGUCGUGUGGUCAUAGACAGGUUCUCAAGAAGCGGUGAUCCUUAUGGCGACUAAGGGUCGCUAAACAUUAACGAUCUCGAAGCUGACGACAUCCGGUCAUAUGAGGAGUUUCUGAAACUUUCGCGGUUUUUUCGGGAGCUCCCUAGAGAUAUGUGUGUUUUGCAAAUUGUGAGAGAAUUUUCUUCUAAUGAAAUUGACCUUGAAUGGAUACGCAAUACAUACUUUGAACACUUAAAGCAAACGUGUGAUGAUUUCCCGUUUAGCAAUGAUGUUGUGCUCAAGAAAAGAAUGUUUACACGGAGCGGCGAGCCACUACCGGUUCGGCUCGCACAAGACAUUUACACUAUUAUUGAGGUUGCUGAAGGUGGAGAUCCUUACUUGCUGAAGCCGAUGAUCAGCACUGCAAAGGCUAGGAAAUCAACAGUAGUGCGGGCGAUUCCGGAUAUAGAGACUGAAAAUCAGGUUGGUAAUGGUCGACAACCUGGAAAAUGUAUGUGUUCUAGUGAUAUCUGCAUACUUAAAGACCAGAUUUCUACCCUUCAGGCGGAUCACCUGAUUCUCAAACAGGCUAUGUAUGCAAGUAACGAGCUGCGCACGAAGGAAACGGAAGCUACAAAAGACUCACAUCGGUCAAUCAAGGUACAAAUUUUGAAGUGUAAUAAGGCAAUAAAAGACUGUUCCGACAGCACUUUAUCGACCAUUAGAAAGUUAGUCAGUGUAUAUGUGGCGAGGAUCACUGAGCUAGAGGACAGACUUAGGGUUCUAGAGGUGCACCCGUUGUUAUAUGAUGUGAAUAAUCAGGAUUCAAACGCGGAAUAUACUGGAAACUGUGUGUUAGAUAGCAGCGUUACAUUCACCGCGGUUCCGAUCUGCGUAUCGGUCAUUGGUUCGGCUGACAUAAGGGUCGACGUUAGUUCUGUGCCGGUAGUGAUUGAAAAUCAGUGCGAUAAACCUCUAGUCUCCGAAAAAUUCUUGAUGUUGUUAAGCCGAGCAAUCGUGCCUGCUCGCGUCGUGUCCCUACAACGACAGAACACACGUCGCAGGUAACCUCAGUGCAACUUCCGAUACCGGUACGUGUCACAGAGCGGUCAGAUGACAUACCUACGGGUGAAUGGCAGGAGGGGGUGACUUUGAAGUGACGCAGGCGGACGCGUCGUUUCUGUCUACUUGGCCAAAGUGAAAAGGUUAAUACAGACAUUCUUACAAAAGUCAUAGAACGGAAAGGCCCAACUGUGUCAAUGAUGCGUGUUUUCCCCUCUAAGUCAAGACCAGGAAAGGUUGUGAUUCGACUAAACGUUUACCAUAAUGACAUGUCCGACCGCUUGUUGGAAUAUGACUUUUGGCCGAGAUAUAUUUCUUGCAGGCCAUGUCGUACACGGUCAGCGAGAGAGCAGUCGCCGAGACUUCGAUGGACGUUCCUCGCUUCGACUCCUAUGAUAAAGACCCUCCGGCAAAUCGAUUUAGCAGUCUGGACACGGAGAUGGACUAACCCGAGUGUUGGGUGUGAUAAUGGCUCCAUUUAAUGUGUUGUAAUGGAAGACUUUAAAUUAAAACUAUUGACAUGGAAUGCAACUGGAAUUAUGUCCAGAGCAUCAUACUUGUGUAAAACAUUGACUAACCUUCACAUAAAUAUUUGUGGUAUUUCUGAACAUUGGUUACUUCAUAACAGUGUACAUUUUCUUGACUCUGCUUAAAAAAAAUUAUAGAUAUAUUGUCAAGUGUGAUAAUGACCUAUUAUUGCCUAGCAAACGGAAAAUUGGUACAGGGGGAGUAGCCCUACUUUGGCGAUUUGAACUCAAUGACAGAGUUUCGCCCCUUGAAAUUGAUGAUGAUAGGAUUAUUGGUUUACAGUUACAAAUAUCACCAAGCAAUUAUGUAUUUAUUUUUCAAGUGUAUCUGCCAUGUACCAAUCAUUCUAAUGUGUUAUACAGGGAUUACGUGCAGAAAUUUUAUGAACGUUGGUGUGCCUAUUGUGAGUUAGUGAUGGUAAUUCUUAUGGGUGAUUUUAAUUGUUCUGUACUUGAUGACAAACCUAGAAGUUUGCUUCUUAGGCAGUUCUUUUCAGACUCGCAGAAUAUACCUGUAAACUGUUUGUCAGCUUGUAAUGGUAUGAAGUCUACAUUUGUAUCAUAUGAUGGUGUAUAUGAAUCAGUGAUUGACUAUAUUUGUUUAUCUAGUGACUGUAUUGAUCUCGUUUCGCAUUGUGAAAUUUUAGAUGAUGAUUGUCUAAAUGUAUCUAGACAUAGACCUAUCACAGUAAGCAUAAACUUUCCUGUGUCAGACGGUAAAUUUAACAUCAGUGAAAAAUCCUUUAAACGUAUUAGCUGGAAAAGAGCCACGGAUGCACAAAUAAGUGACUAUGUUGGAAAUGUUACAAACUCUUUGAAUCAAUGUACAUAUGUGUGUGAUAGUAAAGAAAGUAUUGACUCAACAUAUACCAUGUUAUGUGACGUGCUGACUGGAGCGGCAGGAACUUGCAUCGGUCAUAGACCAUUUCAAUCUCAUUUAAAGCCGUACUGGGAUAGUGGUUUAUGUGAAUACCAUAAACAUAUGCGUUAUUAUAGGUCCCAGUGGUGUCGUGCUGGACGUCCGAGGAACAAAACUAACACACAGUAUAUGUCCUAUAAGACGGCAAAGAGGGACUUCCGGCGAGCCCAUAGAAAGUCAGCAAAUGGGCAUAUGAUGCAGCUGAACCGGGAAAUUGACGAAUCUGCAGAAAUUAAUACAAAUGAUUUCUGGAAACAGGUCAACACACGUCGUAUGGCCUAUAACUGUAAUAAGUCCACAUCUGGUAUCAAGUUCGGUGAAAUUGCACAUCGUGACCAGAAAGCGAUUACGGAACAAUGGGGGUUUUAUUUUCAAGACUAUAUUCGCCAUCUACCUCUGAACAUUUUGAUGACAAAUGGCGUGAUCAUGUGUCACAAAACGUUGGGCAACUGCGUUAGACAUUGAUACCUGACAGCAACGCCACAGUAAUGCCCGAAGACAUUGAGAGGUGUAUACGUUCUUGUCCAAAUGGUAAGGCUCCUGGAUAUGAUGGUAUACCAUACGAGCAUCUGAAGCCAGUAGCGAGUGCUAUUUCGCCAUUAUUAGCUAAUUUCUUCACUGCAAUUCUUCGUACAGUGUACAUUCCUGACAUUCUCAAGCGUGGUGUAAUAGUAAUCCCUACAUAAAGGAGGAUCGAAACCAAAGGACAAUCCGGACAGCUACAGAGCUAUAACCCUUACCUCUAUUGUGUUAAAGCUCUUUGAAUCUGUGCUUUUACAACGAUGUAGUACAAUAAUGAUGGCCGACAUUUACAUUCAACAGGGUGGUUUGCAGGAGGGCCUUGACUGUCUGUUGACGUCAUUCAUGUUACGUGAAAGUGUCUUUUUUGCACGAGAACAUGAAUCAAAGCUAUACGUGUGCUACCUGGAUGGGAGACAAGCGUUCGAUAAAGUGUGGCUUGACGGCCUCUUUUACAAGCUCCAAACGAAAAUAGACGACACUUCACUGCUCGCAUUCAUGGAAUUAUACGCGAACAUGACUGGUUGUGUCAAAAAUCGUGGCCAUACAUCGAAAUAGUUCCUUGUUUGUCAGGGAGCUCGCCAAGGCGGGAAAAGUUCACCGAACUGCUAUCUAGUAUAUAUAAAUCAGGGAGCUCGCCAAGGCGGGAAAAGUUCACCGAACUGCUAUCUAGUAUAUAUAAAUGGACUAAUCAAUGCUCUUGAAAAUUCUUGUCUAGGUUUUUUGUAUGUACGGAAUGAAUAUGAACAGCCUACAGUAGCAGACGACAUGAUUCUAAUUGCAUUAAAAUCGAGUAAGUUAUUACAAAACAGUUGUGUGAUGCCAUUUUAAACCAUUAACCGAUUGACGAGAAAUAAACGGUCCAAGAAAAUCGUAGACAUUCAAGGCUUAAAAAAUAUGAAAAAUAGCUUUUCGGCGAAGACAAUAAUCGCAAAAAAAGAAGCAUAUUGCAAAAUCGCAUAAACAAUGGUUUAUUGUUAUUUUAUGUAACGAUUAAUUCUCAAUUUGUGUUGGCAUAAUUUGUUGCUUUCCUUUCCAGCUUUGUGUAGCUAUUUCAAAUAGUGCCUCAUCACGGCAAAUAUUAGUUUAAAGGUAGUCUAGAACUUACGUUUUAUAGCGCAAUGCAUUAUCAGCGAUCUGUUCUAGAGAGUAUAUUUAUGUCUAAUUUAUAUGACGCCAAGCGUUAUACAUCCCAUCACGGUU